UAGUGUAAACAACAUCGAAUGUUCCUUGAAGUAUUUUGCUUAUUAGUUUAUUUAUUUUUUUUAAUUUAUUUUUUUUUUACCGUGGGAUGAGUUUUGUCGUUUUUAUUACUUGAUUAAAACAUAUUCUUGUAUAUUUGAUUGAAUAAUGUACAUUUGUACCUAUGAUUCCAAUGUUGCUUCCAUUCGCAUAAAAGUUACAUAUAUAAGGUGCAGGGGCUGAUCCGUAAAAAAAUUUAAAUAGGGGAAGGGUUUCUACCAUUAAUAUUGGUUUUGAAAUGGGAGGAUAAGUUCCACCCUAAAAAAUUAAAAGCGUUAUUUUUACCCCUUUUCUAGCAAAAUUUUCUGACGAAAGGGUGCUAUGUAGUUCAAUGUGAUUAAAAAAUAUGUUAUAAUAACGUAAAAAUCCCAUCAUUUUAAAACACAAUUACAAUCUUGCCGGAAUAACAAAGCUUAUCGUAUCAACUUUAAUCAUUAGAAUUCACUCUUCAAUAAAGGAGGUACUGAUAGUAUUCACGUCAACAGCAAAACAAAACACAUGUAUAACAUGACAACUGACCAGAACUGUCAAUUGCUCUAGCUGUAUUUAUUUUUUUUACUGUAUCUGAAUAAUUGUCACUGUCAGGAAUAUCGAUGACACUAAUUGGACGGCUGCAAUGUCAGACAAACUGAAGAAGAGCAUCCUCCUGGGCUGUAUGAAUCAUCUCCCCACCCUGAAUUCAAGAGUCGUCCGGAUCUUCAUCAGUUCUACAUUUACAGACACCAGAGAAGAAAGAAAUAUUCUUAUUGAAGAAGUCUAUCCCAAACUUCAGUCCUAUUGCAAACAGAAUUAUGGGUUGGAAUUUCAGGUGGUGGACAUGAGAUGGGGAGUUCCUGAGGAGGCCUCAGAUGACCACUCCACUUCUGCCCUUUGUCUCGCCGAGGUCCUCAACUGUCAGAAGCUGUCCACAGGGCCAAAUUUUGUAACCUUUCUUAAUCAGCGUCAUGGAUACAGAGCUCUUCAGUCAGUGAUUGCACAGAAAGAGUUCACUCAGUUGAUGGAGAGUUUGAGAUCAAUGGGAGAGGAUUUGUCGUCAUUCAAUGUCUGGUACAAGGAGGAUGAAAACUCCAUUCCUCCAGUUUUUGUCCUCCAGCAGAUAAGCAGUGUCAUAUCAGAUUACAAACUAAAGGACCCUGAAGCAGUAAAGAAAUGGGAGAGAGUGGCUGAGGAAAUGCGGGAUAAAUUGAAGCGGGCAAGUCAACAUUCUCUUGCUGAAGGGAAGAUGACUGAAGCGGACAAACACAAGUACUUCAUGUCAGUGACUGAAGAUGAAAUACAGCAGGGGAUUCUGAAGUCACCCGGGAAUCCCGCAGAACACUGCCUUUGUUUUGUGAGGAUUAUUGAAGAUAUUUCCUACAAUCUGGGUCACUCCAAAGCUUGGCGGUACAUUGAUAUGUCUGGCAAUACAAUAAACCAGGAGGCACAGGAAUUACUGGACAAACUUAGAGAGGACCGACUCCCACAAUUCAUCAGUAAAGACAAAAUACAAAGGUCAGUGGUGAAGUGGAGUGAUAGAGGAGGAAUAAAUCGGGAGGACCACAGGGAUUAUCUGGAGGAGUUUGCCGGUCAGUUUUACGAAGGCAUCAAAAACCUGCUGGAUAGAUCGGUCUCCAUGGAGAGUGAACUGUCAAAAGACAACUUGUACAUCGAGGUGUUACAGCACCUGACCAUGGCUAAAGAACGAUGUGCCAUGUUUCAUGGUCGACAGGAAAUCCUGGACAAAAUUGCCAGUUAUUUGAGAGAGGGAAGCCCAGAACCUUUCACAAUCUAUGGCCCUUCUGGAAGUGGAAAAACCUCCAUCAUGGCUGAAGUUGCUAGAAGGGUGCCCUUUGAGUAUCACAAAGACGCUGUGGUAGUCCUGCGGUUCCUGGGAACUUCUCCAGACAGCAGCAAUCUACGUCGACUUCUUCGCAGCCUCUGCAGCCAGAUUUUGUACAACACCACGGGGGAUGCUGUCGAUGUCCCAGAAGAGUUUGAUGAAUUGGUGAUUUUGUUCCAGGGCCUGCUUGAUGAGUACAGGUCAGACAGACCACUGGUCAUUAUUCUGGACUCCCUGGACCAGUUAUCUGAAGACCAUGCUGCAUACAAACUCCGAUGGUUGCCAAGGAAACUAAAACAAAAUGUCCGCAUUGUGUUGUCCUCUUACAUAGAGACUUUGGAAUUAGUGACAAAUUUGAAAGUUCUGUUUAGCCCUAAGAGUUUCAUCAUUGUCCCAGUUUUAGGGGAAGAGUUAGGAUUUCAGAUUCUGAAGGUGUGGUUGGAAGGAAGCAACAGGACGCUAACUUCUGAACAGUUUGAAAUUGUCCAAAAGGCUUUCCAGGUUUGUAGUCUCCCUCUGUUUGUAAAACUUGUCUUUGAAAAUAUUCUGAUGUGGAAGUCGUACACCCCAGUAGAUAUGUGUAUCCUAAAAACAACCCUUCAAGAUAGUAUAUCCACAUUAUUUGCUCAGCUGGAGAAUAAACAUGGAAAGAUGUUUGUAGAGAGGUCAUUUGCUUAUCUCACAGCCUCAUCCUCAGGUCUCAGUGAACUGGAGUUGGAAGAUGUCAUGUCAAUAGACGAUGUACUGCUGACAGAAGUCUUCAAAUUCCAGCUCCCUCCAAUCAGGAGAAUCCCAUCACUACUCUGGGUCAGGUUAAAGUACGAUGUUCAGAAGUAUAUUGUGGACAAAGAGGUAGACGAGACUCGGGUAACGUUUUGGUACCAUAGGCAAUUCAUCGAAGCCAGUCAGGAGCGCUACCUGAAGGUCAAACGUUUUGCAGUGGAAAUUCAUUCCAACCUUGCAGAUUACUUCCUGGGCACAUGGUACAAUGUGCCAAAGCCAUUCAAAUAUACUCCAGAGCAAGCCAAAAAAUAUGGCAUGUCCUCGCUUGAUUCCGCAGCUGACAGAAAAAUAGCCGCUCAACCAGUCAAAUUUUUGUAUACAGACAAGCAAGGAAAAGAACAAGUCCGAUUCAACAAACGUAAAUUGAACAAACUACCAUUCCAUUUAGCAAAUUCAGACAGAGAGGCUGAACUCAAAGCUAUUUGCUUAUACAACUACCAUUUCCUUUUUGCCAAAAUCAAAGCUACCUCAGUCAUACAAGUCCUUGGUGAUUUUAUUUAUACCAACAGUACUAUAUCCAGUGCUUUAAAGAAAGUACUAAAGUCCUGUCAGUCUAGUCUCCAGAAGUACCCAGAAUCCCUUGCAUUUGAAGUGUCUGGACAUAUGUUGUCAUACCUGACUGACAAGAAAUCCAGUCCAGAGAAAAUGUUGGUUACAGAGUGUUUGGAAGUAUCAGAUGAUCAAAAGACCCCAGUCCCGUAUGUGACCUGUUACCAUGUUCCAAGUGAAGCAAUGCUGUAUAAGAUUGAAAAUCAAAAGUUGCCUUAUGGUUGCACAAAUACAGCAAUAUCUGAUGAUGGGAAUCAUCUUGUUGCUUUAGCUGAAAACAACCUGGUCUUUUUCUGGGAUUUGACCAUUGGAGAACUAGAAUGUGAACUACAAGUGUUUAAUCCAGAUGAAUGCAAGCUGAAUAUCAUGGGCUUUGAAAGCUGUGAAAAUGUGGUGUAUUUCUCUUCAGCAUAUCAAAAGACAAUGCAUCCUUUCAUCACGGUGAACACACAGACUUCAGAAAUUAAGAAAUCCCUGAUUCUUGGGAAGAACUACCCCUCUGUAGGAAUGGCUGAUUCUCUCAAAUAUGCCUUGGUGGAGCAGAAGAUAUAUAGCCUUCACAAAGGUCAUUCUGCAGAUGUGUUCUGCUCAGAGACGGGUCAGCAUGUACACAACUUUGGUAUUUUAGCUGAUGACAUGGUCAUAUCCCCUGACAAAAAACUGACAGUGUUCCAUUUGAAAUCCACAACUUUUGCUGCCUACAGUGUGAAGACUUUGGAUGAGCUUCACAGAUUCGAGGUGGCUGGACCUCCUCUUUCUUUCGUUUUCUCACCUACAACUCAUGAAGCCUUUGUUUUGUUGAAAAAUACAAGUCAAGUCCACAUGAUCAACAUUAACAAGGACGAUGGUACCGUGGGACAUGUUCUCAGUGAAAUCAAAUCUCCAGAUGGACAAAAAAUUCAAGCUGCCAUGAUGUCUUCUAGUGGUAAUUUCCUGGUUUUAAGGACAGAAGAAGGAAUUCUCCUUUGGAAUUACAAAUCAAAUAAACUUCACAAACGGUUCAGAAUUCCAGAUUCCAUUAAACCUGAGCACCGUGUUUUAGAUAUGUUCAGCCAUCUUCUUAAUGAUGACAAGACAUUGGUCGUAGGAUAUGAAGGUCACAUCAUUGUGUGGGACGUAGCAAAGGGUAGCACCAGGGCAUGUAUAGAGGCCAGCAAGUCAGUGCUGAGUUUCUUAGAAGUUAACAAUGCAAGGAAUCUGGCAUUUACCACCUCUAAAAGGAACAAUGCAAUCCAGGUGUGGAAACUGGAUGCCAUAGGAACAAUUGACUCAAAGUUUCGGCCAUUGACAAUGAAGUCCAGUCCAAGAUAUAUUGCUGUGUCAAAGACGGGUCAAACAGCAAUACUAGGUGGAUUUUCGGCCAAUGAUGUGUCCGUAUUGGACUUGGUCAAUGGUACAAUCAGGACACAAAUUUCAGAAUCUUUUGACACCAUGCGACCAGUGGUGACACCAGAUGGAGCUCAUGCUGUUCUACGAGAGUAUCUUUCAAAUAAUGCAAUCAGGAUAUGGAAUACAGAAACUGGAAACAUGGUGUGUUCACUUCCUGUUAGCAGUUUGGCUUUGAAACACUACAAAUGUUCCAAUACCCGCAUGUUGGUGAAAUGCCUAAAUGACAACUCGAGUUCUGAAUAUAGUUUCUGGGACAUCAAAUCAGGAAAGAAUCUACACACAUUUCAUGUUGACUAUGUUGAUAUUGGGGAAGUCAUUCUUGAGAUGACGCACUGUGAUGAGGAAAUUUUGAUUUCUAGAAACCAGAAAGGUGAAGAUGUAGGGACUUGUGAUCUGUUGCUUGUAAAUAUUUAUACUUUGGAGGAACUUGUUAUCGUGAAGGGUGUUCACGCCUCCAGGAUACAGCGUCUUGGAGAAGGUGGAUACUUAUUUCUCUUAGAGCUGGUGGACAGCCAGUUGCAAUAUCUUGCCAUCUUGGACACAAAGGCCAAAAAAGUGAUUAAAAAAGAGAAGGUUGACCCUAUGCCUAAUUCCUAUCUGAGUGUAGAUGGUGCUGGUUGCUAUGGAAUCGACAAGCUUUUGAAUCUGUAUGACUUGAAUUCCUUGAAACAUGUUUAUCAGUUUGAUGUUGAGGAAGCAGACGUUAUGUUAAAGAAUGUCAAAACCAGAGCUACAGCACCCAAAGUGAUGCCGAAUGGACGGACUGCGGUGUGGUUAAAUGUACGGGGAGGAUUACUGAAAGUGGGAAGUAUCAAGGAGAGAAAAGUUCAGAGUGUGUUUCCAGUACAUAGCAUCCCCAUCAGCUUAGAUGUGUCUUCUCAGGGGUUAAUCAUUGUAGGAUGUGAGGAUGGAAGAAUCAUGCUGCUGCAGGUGCCAGACUACUCAACAGAAUCCAAACACAGGAUCACUAUGAUGAUUCAUGAUAUUUCACAGAGAUUAAGUCUCCUCUCUAAGGGCAUGUACUCGGGACUAGGUAAAAAUAGUAACCAGAGAAAAGAACAUGGAAGUAAGACAUCUAGUGUGUGCGUGGUUGUGUAGUAUAGACUUGAGUCUAUUAUGGCAUGUGAUCAAUUUUGUUGUUACCAAUAUCAGUAUGGCAAGGUUCCUUUUUUGAUCAUCAUACUUUGUACAGUAAAACACAGUUACAGUGAAUAUGCUUGUAACAAAUUCACACUUACAGCAAAGUUCUUUUCAUUAUACCCCCUUCAAAGAAGAGGGGCAUAUUGCUCUGCACCCAUCGGUUGGUAGACCACAUGUUGUCUGCUCAAUAUCUUGAGAACCAUUCACUUGAUCGUAAUGAUAUUUGAUUUGUGGGUUAGUUGUGAGAAGAAGACGCUUUUUUAUUUUGAGGUCACAUAAUGACGUAAAGGGCGAGGGGUACCGAUUGAUGUUCCACUCUGGACAUAAGUAUUUUCUGCUCAAUUUAUGUUGAAUUGUUUUGGCACUACUAUCAAUUAUAUAAAACAUGUGUAUAACCCUUUUAAUUUUGCCCCAUGGGGGCAUACACAUUUCUAUAACAUUUCUUGUUCCCUUUUAUCUUUAAAAAACAUAAUUUUAAACUCAUUUAAUAUAACAAAUUACAUUUAUAAGAAAUCAGAAUUGUUUGUCCCCAGUCGCUACAAGCCCAGCUUAUAUACAUUGUAUUUAAUGGCGAUAGGGUCUGUUGAAGAUUUCACUCCACUGGUUUUAUGCCUCAGGAAAAUGGAGGAUGCAAAGUGUUUUUUAUCCAUGAUAUUAUAUUCAAUUAUUUGAUUGAUAUGUGUAAUGUACAUUGUACACAAUUCCAUAUUUAAAAAAAAAAAUUAACUCUAUGUCACAGAUGUAAUACUGCCCAAUGUUAAUGAAAAGUGAAGAAAACGAACAGUGACCAAUCUCAUAACUCGAUCAAUCCUAUAAACAAUACAAAAUAGAGAGUUGUGCAAACAAGGACCCCUGGAUAUACCAGAGAUUAUUUACAUGUAUUUAUACACUUUGUUUCAUUUCAUAUACAGUUUGGUAAUCGUUGCACUUGCGAGAAAUACCAUGGUAUGCAGAAUGCCAUGAUCAUGAUAAGGGCUCCGCAGAGUGCUCUUCCAAUGACCAUGACCAUUUACUGGUAACACCAAUGGUAACCAGAUCUUUAUGCAAGGUUUCAUUGCUGGUAAAAAUUGAUUGAUUCAUUGGUUGUAUAAGAAAUGAUUUCAAAGUUCUAUUUGGUGUGAUAGAAUUUGGUUUUGAGUUAUUAAUAUAUUUUGUCUUUGAUGGUGAAAGAGGCAUUAGCUGCCAGUCCUGUUUACCAGUUAUUACCAAAAAUGACAAAAACAUCUUUACAGUGCAUAAAAAUCACCGCUGACAUGUUAACAUUCAUGCAUAUUUUAAAUCGAGGCAGACUACUGACAAACAAGUUGAUGAUACAGGGGUUUCAACAGUCUCGUUUAAAGUCAGCAUUUCCCAAAAUUCUAUGGUCAUUAUAAUGAUCUAGUUUGCCAAUACAACCUGUACAUCUGACAUUAUUCAUACCGAUUGUUAGGCCGUUUUUAGCACACUGAUUUUGACUACGGAUAACUGUUUACCUGCAUGAUCAAGACAUAGGGCUCAUGGUGGGUGUGACCGGUCGACAGGGGAUGCUUACUCCUCCUAGGCACCUGAUCCCACCUCUGGUAUAUCCGUGUUUGUCCAGCUCUCUAUUUUGUAUUACUUAUAGAAGUUAUGAGAUUGAUCACUGUUCAUUAUCUUCACCUUUUUAGGAGUUAUGAGAUUGAUCACUGUUCGUUAUCUUCACCUUUAUAGGAGUUAUGAGAUUGAUCACUGUUCGUUAUCUUCACCUUUAUAGGAGUUAUGAGAUUGAUCACUGUUCGUUAUCUUCACCUUUCAUACAUCUUGUUAUCUUUUGUUGUGAUUUUGUGUUUACAUAGAAACAAUUAAAUGAUAGUAUAGAAUACGUGCAAUAUAUUGUAGAGAAUUUUAUUUACUCUGAGAUUUUUUUUUUAAUUAAUGAAUGUUCAUUUAACUGUUAUUUAUUGUAUGUAUUUAUAUUUAUUUUAUUUGUUUAGUGUAUUACGGUAAUAUUAUAUAAUGCACUAUAAAAUCUAUCAUUCCUAUUGAUAUCAGAGAUAUUUCCCUUUCAUUGUAUUUGAUGGUUCUCCCAUGGGGGUCAAGAAACUAAUGAUAGAAACUAACAAAGUUUGUCAAUGGUUAAAACUCAUUUAUUUUCAGAUUUCACAUAGCGUCAUAGCAAAUCUCAUGGAAGUUGGAUAUUAAUACUUGCAUAACGUCAAUACAAUUAGUUAUUUCAGCCACACCUCCAAGUACCAAAUGUUUGGUUGGUUUUGGAUUUUUCUGAGGUCCGGCCAUCAGCACACCUCUUAAUUCCUUGGGUAGAUACCAGUCUUUGCCUCCUGUCUUAUUCAUUUUAGUCCCUAUGGUAGUCAUUUCUAGUCUGAAUGUAUAGUGUCCAUUCUCAGGUCUUGUUCACGGGCACUGGAAGUUCCUUUUUUAUACAUGCACAUAAUAUAUAUUUACAUUAACUUCCAGUGCCUGUGGUUUUGUUAAAAACGUGUACGAUGUAAGACAUAUGUCGUCUUUAAUUGGAUCGACAGCAUUUUGGACCUUGCAUUUAUAUUGAUGAAUGAAGUCUGUGUUAGCACAUUAUCUUGUUUUACAUUUGUUAAUCAACUUAUUUAUAAAACUUUUCCCUGUUAAAUGUUACAGUAAUAAAUUUGUUAAAAGUUC